CUCCACUUCUCUUUCAUGUCCUAUCCUUCUAUUAGUCACAUCCUACCUUAUAUCGAAUUAUCAUUGCUCUUAUCGUGCUACUUUCACUUGUCCUUAGUGCAUCGUGCUGAAGUAGAUAGAGAUUUGAAUAGAAACUCUAUCCUGCAUUGCAUUUAUAACCAGACAUAGCUCCUACAAGUUAUUAAAAAAAUCCUCAUUUUAAGCUCAUUAUUUUCUGAACACCCAAAAAUUGCACAUUUUUCAAGUGAAAACCAGAAAAAUUCUCUGUUUUCCCCCUGUUUCUUGUUCUGUUUUUUAAACCAAAUUGUUGUAAAACAACAAAUUGACCUCAACUUGCACUAUGUCUCAAGGGCUGCAAUCUUGCCUAGACCCUCAAAUUCUUGAACCACAUGUUCUAAUGAACAAAAUGUCUCCUCCCAUAUCAAAAAUUUCUCCACAAGAUAACUGGAGCUUCAUGCAAAUCCUCAACAACCCUACUUCCUACAAUUAUCAACCCGAUAAUAAAGAAAACGCCAUCUACAUUCACCCCUCAACGAAGCUAUCUUCAUCCGUUAUGAGCACGAGAAGCUUGAACAUGUGCACGGAGAUCUUAGGAAGCGAGUCAGGUAGUCAUUUUAACGAAAUCAUGGAUGAAAGAGACAUUUCUCGUGGCGUUCAACGAUCAAAAUGUCGAGAAUUCAAGAAAAGAAUAAAGAAGACGGUGAAUUUUCCGCCUCCAUUGACAUCAAUCAGUGGAAUGGAAAGGGUUCGAGUAAAAUCUCAUCGUGAAGGCGGUCGUUUAGUUUUAAGAGCUGUAAGCAUCUCUGCUUGCAGCUCUUAUUUCCAAGCUGAGCGUGCAAAUGACACGCUCAGACUUUCUUGGUUAAAAGGAGGUCUUACUAGCCUGAAAAAUGACAGUACUAGUUAUGUACAAGAUAAAGUUGAACAAAUUACUGAAGUUGAAAAUGUUGAAGAAGCUGGUGAUGGUUAUUGGAAAGAGGCAAAUAGUUGCACAAAAUUAAGAAGUGAAAUUGGGGUUCCAAGACCAAGAAGGUGCACAGAAAAAAGUCGAAGUAGAAGUAAAGGGAUUUCAGACUGGGGCCAAUUUUGGGUGGCCAUUUCCUAAAAUAAUUGCUUUCCCUUUGCAAAUUUGGCAACAAGAAUAUAUGACAUGUAGCGGUGAUGUUCAGAUCAACUUGCAUUGUUGCACAUAUAUCUUUUAUAUUUGUUUUUCUGAGUAGAUUUUGUACGUGGUAGUUAUUAUGGUUAUCAUUGACGUAAAAUUCAACAUGCUCA